AUGACGGAGGAAAACGCUGCUGUUACCGCUGGAGUUGCAGUCAAACUUCCAUAUUUCUGGAAGAAUGAUCCCGUGAUGUGGUUCGCGCAGGCCGAAGCACAGUUUGCUCUGACUAACGUGGUACGGGAUCACACCAAGUUCUAUCAUAUCGUCGCGAGAAUUGACCAGUCUGCCAUGUGUCAUGUAGCGGACUUGGUCACGACCCCGCCGGAGGAAAACAAAUAUGAAACCAUCAAGCAGCGUUUGAUUUCCCGAUUCCAAGUGUCAGCGCAAGGAAGAUUGGAGCGACUUUUGGGCGCUUGCGACCUCGGAGACAUGCGUCCUACACAUCCUCUGGCGAAAAUGCAGGAACUUGCUGCGGGCCUGAAUGCUACGGAUGAUUUGCUGAACAUGCUGUUCCUCCAGCGGAUGCCACCGAGUGUCAAAGCCGUUCUCGCUAUCAGUGAUGGUGCCAUCGGGAACUCGCCGAGAUGGCAGACAAAAUGCUUGAGUCUCCAUCGUCACACGUCGCCGCAGCCUCCACCAGCUCCUCCGGAACAGAUGCCGUCGCCGAGCUUCAAAGCCAAAUUGCGGCAUUGA